UUGAAAGGUUUGAACAAAAAUCAAUCCUGAUUUUAAUUUCUGAGUUUUGACCUGUGUCAGAAUUCGGGAAAAUAGUGAACCUAUUUUUCAGUAGUCCUAAUCCUCUUCCAUUAACAUUUCUCAAAAAUUAUAACUUGCCUAGUUUCGUACGAUCUUUAAUGUGAGAUUUUCUCUAAACGCGUAGUAUUCCCAUGGACCUAAGAGGGAAACGGCUCUUUGGAUUGUAAAGAAUGCAGCCUGAUCUGGAGAAAGUAGAAGUCAAAGUUUUGUAGUUAGAUUUUUAAAAUCAAAACUCUGUCCCUAACUACUAUCAGGUCUGAGACAAACAGAAUACAUCAUAAUCUUAGGAUGCAGGGCUUAUUUUUAUUUUUUCAUUUUAUAUUAACUAAAAAAACAACAGAGCCCAGUGUCAUAGAUUAUACAACUGUCUUAAAACCUAAUACAUUAAUUAUUAGAAAUUGUGUAUUAAAACCACUCAAAGUUGGUGUUGGGAGUUCAACAGCAGGGAGGGGAGUUUCAGGUGGCUUAGCCCCCACACCCCACCCCGAGCCCCCGGUGUUUGAUGAGGCGUCUGUGGUGAUUAUGGCACGAGCCACUCUUCGUUAAAGAGGUUUAGGGUUUAACGUUAACGUUAGAGAGCAAACAUGGAGGAACUAAGCGGAUGCAGCGUUGAGGAAAUGAUUAACUUGACAACGCUGAAAGAAGGUGAUCUGCUACAGCCACCCAAAGUCGCGCAGCUGACGGAAAUUCUUAGAAAACUGCAAAAAGGACAAGCAACCAUAAAGAAUGAAUAUGAAGAACUUAAAUCUGCGAAAGAAGCGUUGCUGAAGGAACUGGAAUCUUUACACACAAAAGCUUAUGAACUGGAGGGACUCGUUAAAGACAAAAGAGAGCUGAUCACAAAGCUGCAGCUGCAGUGUGAAGAUUCUGAGCAGGAGUGUUGUAGACAGCUGAAGAAGAACAAGGAGAGCAAGGACCUGCUGGAGCAGCGCAGAUGUGAAAUCCAGGAAGUCCGACUUAAACACAGGAAGCUACGGAUGAAAUUUGAAAACCAACUUCAGCAGCUGACCGAGCAAUUCAAGCAACUCCACUCCGUCUUUACUCCAGAGAGACUUCCAUAUGAGCUGGAGUUGGCUGAAAAUACAAAAGAUCAACUGCUGUCAACCGAACAGUUAAAGUUGAGUCAGCUGCACCAAGUUAACGAGGAGCUGGAGGAGAUGAAGAAACAGAAGUAGAUGGAGAUGGAAGAUGCACAGCUGAGGAGUAAAGUCCACUCGGUUCUAGAUGUGAAGAUAAAACGUUCUACUUUAUCCUAAACUUGAAGCUUUGUUUGGUUUUCUGUCAGAUUAUUAAGAGCCUGAUAGUUUAACAAGUCCUCGUUCUCAAACAGUUCCUUAAUAACAUCAGAUUCUGUUGUUUUUAUUUAAUGUUCUACUGCAUGUUCUGCAAAAAUGUGUUUAUUAUCACUAAGAGAGUCACUGUGUGACUGGGGAAAUCCACCAUUAUUCUCCCUUUGUGAUGCUGUUAUUGUUCAACUUUGACAUUUUCAUUAAACUGGAAAAAAAGACAUUAAAAAGCCUUUAAUCUACGA